AUGUAUGAUUAUCAUUAUAACGUUAUGAAAUAACAAUAUUAAGAUAAUAUUAAGCUAAUGUACACCAAUACAGAUUCUCUAGUGUAUCAGAUCAACACGAGUGAUUUUUACAGAGACUUGACCAUCAACCCGAAUAUGUUGGAUCGAAUGGAUACAUCUGACCUACCGAAAGAUCACCCUUGCUAUAUAGCAGAGCGUAAUAAGAUUCCAGGUCUUUUUUCUAACGAGACCAAGGGUGCUAUAAUGACUGAGUUCUGCGCGUUUAGAGCCAAAUCGUAUUCAUUCAUUUUGGCUGGAAAGGAGAAAAUCAAAGAGAAAGGGAUCAGAAAGCAUGUCGUCGAUAACCAUAUGACGUUCAACAACUACAAAAAGUGUUUGUUUGGUGAGGAGAUGGAUGUCAAAAGAGAAAAUGUUUCCAUCCGCUCAUUCAAACAUCAGUUGAUGACGAUCAAAACAAACAAAUUAACACUGAAUAACUUUGAUGAUAAGAGAGUUAUCCUAGAAGACAAAAUCCACACCUUGGCUCAUGGACAUUACUCUAUAAAGGAAAUCGAUACAUUGGAURAAGUGAUUUUGACAGACUGA